AAAAUACAUUCAGUGGAAAAAGAGUUAUUGUCCAGUUUGGAGAAAUGUCAAAUCUGCAAAGGACCGUUUUCCACUCUGAAGUGGCAUGGUGUCAGAUGUAAAGUUUGCUUCACUGUAUGGCAUGGAAGGUGCUUUGACAGACUAAAGACAUGUAAUGCUUCUGAAGACAGUGGGGAGAGUGAAAGUGAAAAAUCAUCUGGUGAAGAAUAUGUUCCAAAUUCUGAGAGUGACACAGAGUCUGUAACAUCAAGUCCAAAUGAAGCAAGUGCAGUGACAGCCAAAGCAAGCACUGAAUGCUCUGCAACACAAAACUGUAAUGCCUUGCACUAUACUACAGUAAUGGGCAAUGAGCCUUCCAACGACAAAAAACAAUCUUCCAGUUGUCCAGCAAAAUCAGCCACAUUAGCAAAACCAGAACGCAAUUAUUGCUUUGUUUGUGGUGAGGCACAAACAAAAAUAGCGAGGCAUUUUAAAAUGCAUAUAAAAGAAGAUGUGGAAAUAGCAAGAGCUCUAAGCCUUCCCACAAACUCAAAAGAGAGGAAACAUCUGCUGGAGGCUUUAAGGAACAAAGGCAACUUUUCUCAUAAUAAUGAUGUCCUAAGAAAAGGAGAAGGUAGUCUGAAAGUAAAGAGGCGGGCAUUUCAUUGUGCUGACUCCAAAAAGUAUGAGUACUGCGUGCACUGCAAGGGUAUGUUUUUACGUCAGGAGCUUUGGAGGCAUAUGCGGAGAUGUAGGUCUAAACCAGCAACUUCACCAUCUACUUCACCUUCUGUAGGGCGGAAAAGAGUCCUGACAAUUGCAACAACUGCAACAUCAAUUCUGUCAGGAACAACAAGUGCUGAGCUCCUGAAAUUGAUGAGUAACAUGAUUGAUGAUAAUAUUGCACAGAACGUGAGAAAUGAUCCUGGCCUCUUGCAGUUCGCACAGUCUCUUUUUAAUAGGCACGGACAUGACAAGACAAAACAUGAAUAUAUUCGUCAGAAGCUUCGGGAACUUGGACGAUUUUUAGCAACUCUACGCAAAAAAAAUCCAUCUGCGACAAUGGAAGAUGCCAUGAAGCCUGAAAAUUUCAUCGAUGUCACUGAAGCAGUGAGGGAGACAGCAGGCUUCGACCAAGCAGAAAACACUUUCAGAACUCCAAGCUUGGCAUUAAAAAUUGGUCACUCUCUCCUGAAAAUCAGUGAACUAUUCCAGUGUCAAGCCCUAAUUUCUGGGGAUGCAGAGCUAGGCAAAUGUGCAGAUGCAUUCCAAAAGCUGUACAAGACAAAAUGGGCAGAAUGCAUCUCGCACUCUGCACUGGGGACCCUCAGUAGUUUAAAGUACAAUAAACCAAACAAGCUCCCACUCACACAGGACAUAAAAAAAAACUGAACACCCAUCUCCAGCACAUUUCACAGUCUGCUUACAUGGCACUAAGCAACGAGGCAUCUGAGCUGAAUUAUUCCAAGCUUUCCAAAUCCACAUUAACUGAAGUCAUCCUUUUCAACUGAAGACGUGUUGGGGAGGUGUCAAAGAUGCCUUUGAAAAAUUUUCUUGAAAGAGAUGACACAUAUGCACACGAAGAGCUGGGGCUUUCCAUGUAUGAAAAAAAACUCUGCAAGCACUUCACAAGAGUUGAAGUAAGAGGUAAACGAGGGCGAAAAGUUGCUGUCCUUCUCACUCCAGAGAUGAUGAGAAACAUUGACCUCCUCAUCCGUAAUCGCAAGCAAUGCCAUGUGCCACAGGACAAUGGGUAUCUAUUUGCAAUUCCAAAAUGCCCAAGUUAUUUCAGAGGACAUGACUGUCUUAAAAAGUAUGCAGAAGAAUGUGGAGCCAAACAGCCAGAAUAUCUGCGAUCAACACAACUGCGAAAGCAAGUCGCCACUACAUCACAAAUUUUAAAUCUAAAAAAUAAUGAAAUCGACCAGCUGGCAGACUUCCUGGGCCAUGACAUUGCAGUGCACAGAGAAUAUUACAGGCUACCUGAUUCCACAAUUCAAGUGGCCAAAAUUUCGAAGAUUCUCUUGGCUCUAGAGAAGGGGAAGUUGCCAGAACUGAGAGGAAAAUCCCUCGAUGAAAUUGCAGAAACGGAGGAAGAUGAAAAUGACAGUGAUGACAUUGAAGACAUCUUUCCAGAGACUCACCUGGAGGACACUGCUGAAAGUAAUGGUGGAAACAUUGGUGCAGGCAGCAGUGUGGCUUCUUCUGGAAAUACUGACCCUGUACACAAAGCAGCAGCCAGAGCAGUGCAGUAUACCACCCUUUUGCCAGGAGCAUCAGCUACAGCGGACAUUCCGCCUUCGAUGGCAGAUCGAGUGUCUAACUUAAAAAUUCGGCUGUGCACCUUCAUUGCGGAGCAUGACCUGUCAUUCACGGUUGCACAACCGCUCGUGGCCCUCUGCAAGAAGCUGGCAGAAGACCGUGCCGCCCUGUCACACCUGUCCGUUUCAAGGCAACAUACGAGUUAUCUGCUCACCCACGGCAUUGCGCCAGAAUUUAAACAUCGCCUGUCUGAGAAACUUGGGAAUGGUAUGUUUUCCCUUAAUGUUGACGAGGCAACAAACAAAAACAUGGACAAGAUCAUGAAUGUUCUUGUCCGUUUUUUUGACGAGGAUGCUGGGAGUGUGAAGACUCAGCAUUUUGCCAGUAGGAUCAUUAACAUCGCCAAUGCAGAAGCGGUGAUAGCAGAGUUAAAUGACGUCCUGCACACAUAUGGGCUCGACUGGAGACAAGUGACAAGUCUAUUACUUGACAAUUGCGCUGUGAUGAGGGGGAAAAGGAUUGUGGGUGAUUUACCACCCAAAAGUACUGGAUGA